AAAAUAUUAGGGAUUGACUGCAAGUGUCAUGUCAUGUUAUUCAAUUUGAAAUUUAUUUAUCUAUAAUUAUCAAUUCAUUUAGAUAAUUAAUAUAGAAUUGAUUAAAUAUUGAUAAAAAAUAUCUAAUUUCCAACAUUAUGAAGUAGUUACUAUGACUUACAGUUAAGCUUUCAUAACUUCACACAAAUAAUCUUCCCUCUAAGUGUAGUGUCUAAAUACCACACAACUAUGCUUUCCCGAUACGUGAUAUCGCAAGUGAAACACAAUUCGUUCUUCCUCGUGGGCCUGGUGCUCGGCCUGUGGGUGGCACUGGUGGCCGUGCCCCUGGAGGAGGACGUGGCCAGUUGCGUAGAGAGCGCAGCAAGCAGCGUCACGCCCACUGACGAAUUUGAACCACACAGGGAAGAGAGGCCGCUGGGCCCCGCCGGACAAACGGCGGGCCGUAGUGUCCAGCGGCCUAGAUAUUACAGCACCGAGCUGGGCAUGAAAGAAAGAACAAGCGAGUGGACGUCGCGAUGCCAUGGACUGGCUAGCGGUAGAUGUAGCGUGCGUGACAGUGGGCCGUGUGCCGUGUGCUGCGCCGCAGGCUCGCUGCUGGCGGGCGCGCUGAGCUCGCAGGCGGCGCUGGGCGCGCGCGCGGCGGCGCUCAACCGCACGGCGGCGCGCCUGCAGCCGGCGCUGCGCUUCUUCAUCACGGCCAGCGCGCUGCGGGCCGCGCCCGGCCUGCCCAACGUCGUCGGCUUCACCGACACGCGCGAGAUGCUCAAGCCCUUCCACGCGCUCAAGUAUCUCGCGGACAACUACCUCGAGGAGUACGACUUCUUCUUCCUGGUCUCGGACACGUCGUUCGUGAACGCGCGCAGACUCACCGAGCUCGUCUCCAAGCUGAGCGUCAGUCAGGAUAUUUACAUGGGCACCGUUGCGGAGGAUGACAGCCACUACUGCUCACUAGAGGGCGGCAUCCUGCUAUCGAACUCUGUACUACGCGCGGUGCACGGCGAGCUGGACUGGUGCGUGCGCAACUCGUACUCGCCGCGCCACCACGAGAACCUCGGCCGCUGCGUGCUGCACGCCGCGCACCGCCACUGCACCUCGGCACUGCAGGGCGAGACUUACAUGUCAAUGCGCGUGGAGGCGGAAGACGGGGAGGCGGGAGGAUUGACGCCGGCGCUGGCGGACGCCGUCACCGCGUACCCCAUCAUGGAGCCCGAUCACUUCUACCGGCUGCACGCGUACGUCUCUCGGGUGUUCCUGGAGCGCGCGAAGGAAGCGGAGCGGCGACUGCGAGAGGAAGUGUGGCGCACGUCGGGCCGCCACCCGCGCCACUACCGCAACGCCACCUGGCCCGGCGGGCUGCGGGCCGACGUGGGGCUGGCCGCGCCCGCGCCCGCCUCCAGGUUCGACCACCUGCGCUGGACGACGUUCAACGCGACGCACGCAUUCCUGCCGGACGACCUGCACGCGGUGACCGCCCUCCGCGGCUCCUACCGGGAUGCGCUGCAGCUGGUGGUGAGCAGCGUGCAGGCGUGGGCGCGCGCGCGCGGCGCCGGCGACUGCGACGUGGUGGGCGGCGCCUGGCGCUGGGAGCCGCCGCGCGGCCUCUACUACCGCCUGCUGCUGCGGCGGCGCGGCGGCGGCGGCCUGCGGCUCGUGGAGGCGGCGCGGCCGCUGGGCGCCGCGCGGCUCGUGCCCGUGCCCUACGUCACCGAGAGCGCGCGCAUAACCGUGCUGCUGCCGGUCGCGCUGCCGGUCGUCGCCGCCGACGACGUCGUCGCCGACACGCUCGCCUUCCUGCGCCGCUACGAGGCCGUCUGCCUCGCGCGCGACAAGAACACUGCGCUGCUGCUCGUGCUGGUGUCGGAGGCGGGCGAGGCGGCGGCCGGCCAGGCGGCGGCGCUGCGCGACGCAGUCGCGGCGCUGGCGGCGCGCCACCGCGGCGCGCAGCUGGACGUGCUGGACGCGGCGCCGGCGGCGGCGGCGGGCGAGGGACGGGCGGCGGCCGCGGCGCUGGCGGCGGCGCGCGCCCACGUGCCGCGCGACGCGCUGCUGCUGCUGGCCGUGCCGCACAUGGACUUCAACGAGGACUUCCUCAACAGGGUGCGCAUGAACACGAUCCUGGGCGUGCAGUGGUUCUGGCCGGUGCCGUUCGCGCGCCACGCGCAGUUCGCGCACCCGCGCUUCGUGGACGAGCGCGGCGAGCGGCCGCAGCAGGACACCGGCCGCUUCAACGCGCACGCCGCGCCCGACGCGCCGCUCGCCGCCUUCUACCGUCGCGACUACGACGACGCGGAGGCGCGGUGGGCGCGCGCGGGGCAGGGCGGCGCGCGGGCGGCGGCGCCGCGCGUGCUGGCGGCGGCGCUGCGCUGCGUGCGCGCGCCCGAGCCCGGCCUGCUGCUGGCGCCGCGCGCGCCGCCCUGCCGCGCGCGCGGCGGCGGCGCCGGCGCGGCCGCGCUGCGCUGCCUGCGCGCGCUGCGCGGCCGCGCCGGCCUGCGGCGGCUCAACCUGGGCGCGCGCCACGCGCUCGCGCGCCUGCUGCUCGAGACGCAGGCCGAGCGCGCCCGCUGACCGCGCCGCCGGCCCGCUUCCUAUACUACCACAAUAAAUGCAUUUUGACACUCA